AAUGAAUCAUGAUCACGUGCCUCUGACAUCUGAGAGCGGCGCACUGACUUGUGACCUUGCAUAGACGCUGAGUGUGAGAAGCAAGUCAACUUCUUCCUGGAUCAGGUGGCAGAGGUAUCAUCUGUGCUUGACGAGCUGGUUCAUUUGUCAUAAGGCGCGUGUCAUCCUGAGAAGUGGCAGGAUGAGGCCAACACUGUGCGUCUUGACCCUCAGCUGUGUCUUCUGUUUGGCUGUUGCUUCUACGUUAAGGAACCCGUUCUUGGGCUGUGAAGAAAAUGCUUUUCCCCCAAAUAAAAGCAAUGCAGUCCCCCAGUACACCAUCAAUUUGGACCUUGCACCAGAAGACAGGUGGACACAACUCAUCACUGACAAGAAGGAACAGAUGGUGGCACUGGUGGGUCAUGUGAAGAACCUGACAAGAUUGGUGUUGGGAGAUCGGGUCUUUCAAAUAGUCAUCGAUCAUCUGGAGGAGUUGUCCACCACGCUGCCGUCACCCUACCAUGAAGAGAUGGUGGGCAUCAGCCGGGUCUCAGGCCUACCACUAUCUGAGGUAACACUGUACAAUAUCUUCUACGAGGUGUUCACAUUCUGCACCUCCAUCAUUGUACAGGACAGCACUGGCCGCCUCUACCAUGGGCGUAACCUGGAUUUUGGCCUCUUUCUAGGAUGGAACCCCAAAGAACACACAUGGCAAGUGGCUGAGCUGCUGAAGCCUAUGGUGGUGCAGUUGGAGUGGCAGCGCAGUGGUGAGGUUCUGUACCAGUCCAUCAGUUAUGCUGGUUAUGUUGGGGUGCUGACUGCUGUGAAGAAGGACAAGUUCACCUUCAGCUUGGAUGAGCGCUUUUCCCUUGAUGGGGGAUAUGUGGGCUUACUUGAGUGGGUGCUGCUUAAGGACCACAAGCAAAAAUGGAUUGCCUUCAUAACAAGGGAGGUGAUGGAGCACGCAGACUCGUAUGAGACAGCCAAGCACACCCUCUCUCACACUCGCCUGCUGGCACCCGUCUAUUUCAUUCUGGGUGGGGCACAGCAUGGGGAGGGAAGCAUCAUAACCCGCUGGCGUGACAACUUCCGCGUUGAUGACCUGGGCAGCAAGGUGUCAGGAUCAGGCUCGUGGUUCCUGGUGGAAACCAACUAUGACCAGUGGAAUGAACCUCCUUUCUAUGAUGAUCGCCGCUCCCCAGCUUUGAAAUGCCUGAAUGGGGCAGGACAAGGCAAUGCUUCGCUCUCUCUCCUCUACAAUGUGCUCUCUACACGGCCUGUGAUGAACAAGCUGACCACCUACACCAGCCUCAUGCAGGUCAAUGAGGGAUAUCUUGGGGCAUGGCUGCGCUUCUGUGAUGACCCGUGUUGGCCCUGGUAAUGGGAACUAACUAUAUAUUCCUCAUAUAUAUAUAUAUAUAUAUAUAUAUAUAUAUAUAUAUAUAUAUAUAUAUAUAUAUAUAUAUAUAUAUAUAUAUAUAUAUAUAUAUUCUAACUUCUCCAUUUUUUUCCAUUUUCUUGAUCUUCAUUUUUUUCUGUAAUGCUGCCAUUCUCCAUCUUCCUUCCAAUAUUCACCUUCGAGUGCCAGUAUUUUAGUCUUUUAUCCCUUAUGUCUUCUUCCAUGAUGCACUUUUGCCAAUCUUUCUAUAAUUUUUUCUUUUGUCUCCUUUCUCAAUUUCAUAUUCCUCCCACUCUUCCUAGCUCUUUCUUCCUCCUCUUAUCUCCAUAAUAUUCUUUCUCAUAUUAAAGGGCCAGCUCUUCUUUUCCUCUCAUGUCUUACUGAGGCUGUGAAUGUUGUAAGCAAGGAUUAAGUAAGUAACCUUCCUUCAGUGGUCAUUUGUUUAGCACUGCGCUGCCAACCAGCUGUGACACUGGAGAGAUGCAGCCUGAGAAACUCUUGACUCCAGAGUGCAGAAAUGUGUUGAGAGGGAUCUAAGUGGCCAUCAUAUAUUGAAAUAGUAAAGGGAGUGAUGAUAAUAACUUAGUGUUAAAUAUAUUGUUACUUUUGAGAAGACAAAGAUGUGAUACAAAGAAAUGCAAAUACUGUACCUAUUGGCAGUAUUCAGAUGUGUGCUGUUAUUGAUUAAGAUAGCUUGAGAAAUUUCUUCUGCAAAAAUAUAGCUAUUCAAAAUGUUUUCAGUGCUAUGAUAUAAAGUGAAGUGAACUUAAAGGUGUGUGAUAAUUUGUUAGGCAUCUGAAAAGGGAUCUCUAGUCAAAUGGAGGUUAGUUCAUUAUCUGUAUUUGUAAAAUUAUUUGAAAUUAAAUAUUUGCUAAC